GAGAGAGAGACGAAGCCUUCGAAGGCGCGGAAUACACAUCUCUCAAGCUUUCAUUUAUUGAGAUCGAAGCGACCCCGCCAGGUGGUUUAAGUUAUCUUUGAUAUGGCAGAAACUGCAUCUUCACCUACUCCUCGUUUUGCUCCCGAUGAUCCCUCUCUCCCUAAACCUUGGAGAGGCCUUGUUGAUGGUAAGACUGGGUAUCUUUACUAUUGGAAUCCUGAGACUAAUGUUACUCAGUAUGAUAAGCCUGGUUAUAUAAGCUCUUCUGUUCAAAAGUCUUCCCAAGGGCCCCACAGAGACAGUGAUGAUGAUAGAUAUAGCAGAGGUUACCGUGCCUCAAGUAAGGGCUCUGGUAGGGAGGACUCUAAGACAGAAAGAAACAACUCUGACCAUUAUCGCGGCGUUUCGGACACCACAUUAGGUGCAAAUGGUGCAUCUGUUUAUAAAGAUAGGUCCUCAAGCGUGGGAAGAGAGUUAUCUCCAGAUUCUCAUCGCCGUCGGCAUGAAGUAUCCGUAACUACAGAAAGAAACAACUCUGACCAUUAUCGUGGCAUUUCAGACACCACAUUAGGUGCAAAUGGUGCAUCUGUUUAUAAAGAUAGGUCCUCAAGUGUCGGAAGAGAGUUGUCUCCAGAUUCUUAUCGCCGUCGGCAUGAAGUAUCCGUAACUGGAGAUUAUGUGCCUCCACCAUUCACCUCAUUCAGCUCAACUGGGUUUCCAUCAGAGAUUUUGAGAGAGGUACAUCAAGCCGGGUUUUCAACUCCUACACCGAUACAGGCACAGUCAUGGCCUAUUGUUCUUCAUGGCCGAGAUAUUGUAGCUAUUGCGAAGACUGGCUCAGGAAAAACCUUGGGCUACUUGAUUCCUGGCUUUAUACAUCUAAAAGAGCAUCGUAAGAAUCCUAGAUUAGGUCCCACUGUCUUGGUUUUGUCACCAACAAGGGAGUUAGCAACACAGAUACAAGACGAAGCUGUGAAGUUCAGUAAAUCUUACCAGAUAUCUUGCACGUGCCUAUAUGGAGGCGCACCAAAGGGUCCACAAUUGAGGGAUAUAGAUAGAGGAGUAGAUAUUGUGGUUGCCACACCUGGACGGUUAAAUGACAUCCUGGAAAUGCGAAGAAUUAGCCUUCACCAAGUUUCCUACUUGGUGUUAGAUGAAGCAGACCGUAUGUUAGACAUGGGCUUUGAACCUCAGAUAAGGAAGAUUGUGAAGGAGGUGCCUGCUCGCCGACAGACUAUUAUGUUCACUGCAACAUGGCCAAAGGAGGUCCGCAAAAUAGCUGCUGAUCUGCUGCUCAAUCCUGUCCAAGUCAACAUUGGUAAUGUUGAUGAGCUCGUAGCAAACAAAUCCAUAACACAGUAUGUUGAAGUGUUGUCACAAACGGAGAAGACUAGGAGGCUAGAACAUAUAUUGAGAUCGCAAGAACCCGGAUCGAAAGUGAUAAUUUUUUGCUCAACAAAGAAGAUGUGCAAUGCGCUUUCUGGUAACCUUGCUCGCCAAUUUGGGGCAGCAGCUAUUCAUGGUGACAAAUCUCAGGGUGAGAGAGAUUACGUGUUAAGUCAGUUUCGCACUGGUAGGACUCCAAUUCUCGUGGCAACUGAUGUUGCUGCUCGCGGCUUGGACAUCAAAGAUAUCAGGGUCGUAAUUAAUUAUGACUUCCCUACCGGAAUAGAGGAUUACGUGCACAGGAUAGGAAGAACAGGACGGGCAGGUGCAACAGGUGUUGCUUACACAUUUUUUACUGAGCAGGAUGGAAAGCACACAUCGGAUCUCAUUAAGGUCUUAGAAGGUGCUAACCAACGCGUUCCUGUUGAACUACGAGAUAUUGGUUCACGUAGUGGUGGGAUGGGAAGGGGUAGGCGUCAAUGGGGUUCUGGCCCCGCUGGGCGUGAUGGAGGGCAUAUACGUUAUGAUUCUGGUAAUGGUGCAAGGGGAACUUUGGCUAUGUCCUCAUCAAGUAGAGGCGGAGGCCGUGGAGUUGAUCGCGAUUCAAGCUACAGGCAUGGCCGCACUCAUGACAGCAAUGGCUUUGGUAAUUACCAAAAUCCGCGGAGCCUAAUAAAUGGUGCACACAAUUCAGACAGGCAUGGCCGUAGCAGGAGUAGGAGCCCUGUUAGGGGGGCUGCUUCUGGGUGGGGUGGCAGUGACAGUAGGAGUAGGGCUCGCAGCCGGAGCAUUGAUAGGUUCAGCAGGUCUACUACUCGUGAUGUUGGACGGAAUUUCCGCGAGGCAGCCCCUGUCACAACACGAGCAGGAGCAUCCUUGGUGCCUUCUGCAAAGCAGAGACCGCCACCAACUUACGAUUAUGGACCUAGGGAGAGUAACAGAAGAUCAUAUGACUACAACAGCAACCAAAAGCAUUGGGAAAGAUCUUCUCCUGCACCCAAGGAGCAGCGUAGCGGGAAGUAUGAAUCUCAAAAUAGUGGGGAUGAAGAGGAAGGCAUCUUUCACCCUCCUAAGGAAAAGAGCAAUUACUAAGAACCCACUGAAUAGUGAAGGAGGGAACUGACAAACUGUUGCGUUAUGCUCUUUCCUUUGCUACUGUUUCACUUGGAUGUUGUAGUUUAUUUUGGCAGUAGGAGACUGGCUAGGUAGAGGUGUAAAAGGACAUUGGGAAUGCUGCUUGCAAUGUUUAGUGUAAUAGGGGACAAUAUGUGGACUUAUAGAUUGAUCAAGUGUAUUGUAAGACUACUGAUAUAGAGACGUAUUAUUGACACAAAAAAAAAAA